GCAGUUACAGGGCUUUUGGAUGGGAAAACAAAUACAGUAGCAGCAAGUGUAGACAAGAUGGAAGCAGCAAUAACCUCAGCCUUGUAAUGCAGAUGAAAGAAGACCUAUAAAUGCAAAUUGCUUAUGUAUUCUAGCAGUUGGUGGCCAGGGAAUGGAGAUUCACUAACUACUUUCCAUUCACUUCAAUACACACAGUUUGAACUUCUGAAAAGGCAAUUUUCCCACAUCCAGGGAUAAUGAAGCCUCCUUCCUACACGUAUUUGUUUGAUGUAGGUUGUUUAAGAGAGUGGGACAAGUAAUAAAGUCAUACUCUGGAUAAGUAUGUGACUGGCAGUCACUAGAGAUCCAUAUCCUGGAUCAUGCUUGCCCUACUAUGCCCCCAACUUUCCUCCCAGAUCUUAUUUAAAAUGAUGGAAAUCUGAGCCUUGCUUUAUGGGAAUACUCAUCAUAUGACAACCAAGGAUGUAAAUUUCACCUAAAUUUAUAUUUGUAUUCCAGACAUGGACAGCUGCUCUCAAUGUCAAAAAGGUUACUAUCCAAACAAGGACCAAGACCUUUGCAUUCCAAAAGUUGUAAUCUUCUUGUCUUAUGCUGAACCGUUGGGAAUUGGUUUGGCGACUUCUGCAGUUGCCCUUUCGUUCAUUACCACUUUGGUGUUAGCAAUCUUUGUGAAGUAUAACAAUACACCCAUUGUGAAAGUGAACAAUCGUAUGCUCUCCUACACCCUUCUCAUCUCCCUCCUGCUCUCCUUCCUCUGCACUUUGCUAUUCAUUGGCCGACCUCAGAAGAUGACCUGUCUCCUCCGACAAACAGUUUUCGGAAUGGUCUUCUCAGUGGUUAUUUCUUGCUUGUUGGCCAAAGCCAUCACAGUUGUUGUAGCUUUUAUGGCCAAUAAGCCUGGAUCUAAAUUGAAAAAAUGGAUAGGGAAAAGGCUGGCCAUAUCCAUUAUUCUUUUGUGCUCCUUGACUCAAGUCAUGAUUUGUUCACUAAAUUUGGCAACCUCACCACCAUUCCCAGAUUCUGACACAGAUUCAUUCCUUCAGAAUAAUGUAUUGGAAUGCAAUGAAGGAUCUGGAACGAUACUUUAUUGUGUCCUGGGCUUUAUGGGAUUCCUGGCUAUUAUCAGCUUUAUUGUAGCUUUCCUAGCACGGAAGUUACCUGACAGUUUCAAUGAAGCCAAGUUUAUCACCUUCAGCAUGUUGCUGUUUUGCAGUGUCUGGUUAACGUUUGUUCCAACCUACCUUUCCAGCAGAGGCAAAUAUAUGGUGGCUGUGGAGAUCUUCUCCAUCUUGGCUUCCAGUGCUGGGUUACUAGCUUUUAUCUUUUUCCCUAAAUGCUAUAUUAUCCUCUUUAGGCCUGAGCAGAACAAAAAGGAGCAGUUAAUGAGAAGAAAAUGUUAGAGAAUGCUUCUUCCAUUUUUGACAGAAUGUUUCUGAUUUUGCUAAGGCAGGAUAAGGAGGUUGCUCACAAUAGAUGUUUAGACACUACUAAAGUUUGAAAACUUGAGCUUUAUGUAACACCACAGGCCUCGUCUACACUUCCAUAUAAUGCAGUUCAAUGCUGUUAAACUCCAUUUUGAAACUGCAUUAUAUGACCAUGCAGAUGGGGCCACAGAUUAAUUACUUUUAUAAAGCACCACAACACACUGGAUAAUUUUGCACAAAGGAGAGAAAUUGAAUGCUUGGGAGCUGUUAACAAGCUUCUGUGGUUUUCGUGCGCCAUUCAUGAAAACACUACAUUCAUAUAAUGAGAUCUAUUUUGAACAAGAAAAAGAAGAAAGGGGAUAAAAUGACAGGAUAGCCUAUAGCUAAGGGUUCACUUGGCAAAACUGAGAAAAGUAUGGCCUUGAUCCACAAGUGACUUUCCAAUGCUGUUUUCAUGGCUUGCAACUACUUGGGACUCGCCGAAAGUGGUUGAAAUCCCAAAUGAAAAAAUGUUAGGGAAAUGACUGAUAAUUUCCAUUGUUCUUUUGUACUCUCUUAUUCAAGCAACCAUUGUACGCUAUAUUUGGCAGUCCAACCAUUGUUCUUAGUGCCCAAUAAAAAGAAAUAAUGGUUGAAAUAAUGUUUUUCCUAUUGUCCUGUAUUUCAUGACUGAUUUCUGAGUGUAUAUAGUGGGUGAUUUCUAAGUUACUCUUUCAGAGGAGCAGAGGGAAGGAUUCCUACUCCAGUAGAGCUUUGAUUAUAAUAGGAAUAAAAUAGAAUGAAUUUAAUGGAAAUUAUAUUUUACAAAAGGUUCCAAAUGUCACCAGUCUUCCUCCUAUUGUGCUAAAUAGAUGCUCUAUCACUGGUAUAUGACACCAAAGAAAUUAGGACAAAUGUAUAAGAACUUGGACAAUAAAUGUUGGAAAUGUAGAGCAAAAGUGGACUUGUGAGAAAACAUUGGAUUAUUGGAAAGUCAUACAUAAAGAAUGCCAACUAAUUUUAAAAAGAGACUUCACAAGGAAACCUGAAUAUUACUUGCUGGGAAUAAUUGACUCAGAACAUUUUACUGACCUUAACAAAGAAAAAUUAUUUACCUAUUUUAUUACCUCUGCAAAAAUGGUCUUUCCAAAAAGUUGGAAAUUAGAUAUUAUACCCAAUAAGGAAGAUUGGCUUAACAAUGUAAUUGAACUAAAAGACAUGGAUAGAGUAACAUUUUUAUUAAAGGAAAAUCCCGGUAGAAGAGGACUUUUGAGGACUAUCUUAAGAAGGAAAGAACUUUUUUUUAAAGAUUCAGUGUAAAACUAAGAAGAAGAAGAACUGAAGGAAGAAGAAUGGAAGUCAUUAACAAUUCCCCUCCCCUAUUCCUCCCUUUCCCCUCCUCUUUUUUCUAUAUAUAGAUAUAGGUUUCUGAUUGGUUUGGGGCUUUUCUUCUUUUUUUUCUUUUUUCCCCCCUUUUUUCUUACUUUCCCUCUAUUGUUCUCUCUUUAGUGUUUUAAUGUUAAACUAAAAUAUUUUCAAUAAAAAAUAUUCAAAAAAAUAAAUAACAUAAAUGACCCAUUUGCAUUUUCUAUAUUAAAGCUUUCCUACACUAGCUAAAAACGCAGAUCUCCUCUCAAAUGUAUGGCUAUUUUUGGUGAAUAGCCUGGUUUUUUUGUUAGGUUUGGUUUGACCUGUUCGUGCCCCAGUUCAAAAGUUCUGGAGUAUCCUGAGGUUUUGGAGCAGUCUGGUCAGCUAAUUUUAGAUGGAAUCUACAUCUAGGAAUCUCCAGCUAUCUGAAAAAAUACAUUACAUUUAUCAGUAACCAGUGGAGCUGUUUUAAUAGGGGGGUUGUCCGCUCCCUAUAAUUCACUCCAGUUAAUAACCUGGCUGCAGAAUGUUGUACUAAUUGGAGUUUCUGGGCCAUCUUCAAAGGCAGCCCCACAUAGAGCACACUGCAGCAAUCCAAUCUGGAGGUAACUAAGACCACCAUGGACAAGUCAGACUUCUCGAGGUAUGGACUUUGUGGAUCAGUGUAUACAUUCAUCGUCAUUGGUGUUCAAAAAGGUGGCACAAGCAUUGGCACACAGUAGGUAUCACCUCA